AUGUCUGGUGGUGUCGUAUUUUUGGUCUGCAUACCCACAUACAGCUACGAGCAUGAAUUGAUCUUCGGUCUGCCCUUGAAACGGGCGAAGAAAAAUGAAAAAUCCGGGAAACCGGUGAUUGGACCAAAAGUCGAUUUAAGACUUAGGGAGACGAAGAUGAGGACUCACUUGUUGAGGUUGAACAGCGAGGACGAAGUGGACGACAUCGAUAUCGAGGACGACUUGGCCAACAGACGACACCUGCGAGGUCGAGGACGUGGCACUUCCGGUCAACGAGACAGGGAUCCGGUUUUCGUAUCCAUGGAAACGGUCUUAGAGGAGUUGCUGAGGAAGCUGAAAGUGGAACACGUUGUCUGGUGCAGGGACAAGGAGAACAUGUAUUACGAGGUGAUAUUUCCUGUACCGGCUGGAGAACCAUGCGAAAAUUGCCUGCACUGCCUCACGGAAAUGGGAAUCGGCGUGAAAAUGAACUCCAUAGUAAGCGUGAUUCCAACCCAGUGCACGUAUAGUGGCAUGGGCAAUGGUGGCGCCACUGCAGUCAAGGAUGAUCUAGCACGAAGACGGAAGGAAUCGAAGGAGAGGAAGGACGCUUGGAAGGCGUUCAUCGAAUCCAUACGAUCGAAACUGACAGUGAAGCAGGUCGUCGAUGGGGUCCGCAGCGGGGGUGAUCUUACCUUCGAUUACGUCUUGCUAGUACUGACGGCAGAUUGUUUAGCAGCACUGGGACUCAUUGAGAACAGUGCCACCAAUGUCGUAGCCGCCAUGUUGGUGUCUCCCUUGAUGGGCCCUGUAAUGUCAUUAACAUUUGGGACGAUCAUAGCCGACAGGAAUCUUCAACUUAUCGGUCUCAAGAGUUUGUUGGUCGGCAUAUUUGUCUCGAUACUCUUCGGCUUCAUCUUCGGUCUCAUUCUGGGUACCACUGAGAUGCCUUGGGGCUACAACGACUGGCCAACGGACGAAAUGAAGGGCAGAGGAAAUUACAGGUCACUCUGGAUGGGUGUGUUAUGGGCUUUACCAUCGGGCACGGGCGUAGCUGUGGCUUUGUUGCAAGGUAGCAGUGGGCCCCUAAUCGGAGUCGCCAUAUCGGCUUCUCUGCUGCCACCAGUGGUAAAUUGUGGUUUAUUCUGGGCGCUCGGAUGUAUAUGGCUAAUUUAUCGACCGAUUAAAAUGCCGCACAUGAAAGGAGAGUCCUACACCGACUACAACACCUCGUACGCUUACGUGUACACCGAUUAUCUACCGGUGGAAUUUUUCUGCAAUGGCAUAAUCAGCGCGUGCCUGACCUUUGUUAACGUAAUGUGUAUCUUUAUCACGGCUAUCAUCGUGCUGAAGGUUAAGGAAGUUGCCGCCCCGUAUACCUCGACACCGGAAUUACGUCGGUUUUGGGAGCAUGAUAUUCGCGUGGUCCGUGAUAAGAAUAUUUCACGAGAUAACAGCUCGCUGGAUUCAAGUUUUUACGAUGGACUGAGUAAAACGAAGCAACGUGUUCUGGAAAAAACAUUAAACGAAGCAGUACGUGAAGCCGUAAAUGACGAAACAUUCCGCAAAGUACAAAGAUCAAGUUAUGGUCAACAUGGUCCAGAGGAAGUAGACGAAUUUACAUCGAAGCUUGGAUUUCAUACUAGCGACGGAACAAGCAACGUUACAAACACUGAAGAGAAAGAGACCACAUCCAAUGGUUUCAACUUACCAGAAGGGUUAGACAUUUCUGGCAGCACGAGCGAAGACUUGGCCGCUCUCGAUCGAUUGAUUACGUGUCUUUUAGGACAAUCGACUAAUGCUAACGCUGGUCAUUUGGAUUCUUGGCACCGUUCCCAUCGAGCUAGCACUCGAGGUUAUAGACAAUUACAUAGUAUGGACACCACUGCGGAACGAGGCAUGGUUGGCUCUAACAUUGAUACAACGGCACUUUAAUUGGAUAAUUAAGCGAACUGUAAAUUAAAAUUUAAUCGUUAAAUUUAUUUGCACGCGUGAUGAUAAUUCUCUAAAGUUUGGCAAUUAAAUAAUGUCAAUGGAGUAAUUAGUUCAUAUCUCGAUUGAAUUCGGUUCAGGGACAGAUUUACUAUGCUUAUUCGACUAAAACCUUUUAUU